UUUAAAAAAACUCAGCAAAAAAAAUGUUUUCUGGGACCAUGCGCCCUGAUGGCAGGACGCAUUUUUUUACAAAAAAAAUGCGCAUGGUCCCACGCGGCGGACAAGCAAAAAUAGGCUGGUCAUCAACGUGUUAAUUCCAUCUUCCAGGCUUGCCUCUGCCCACAUGGAAGCCUAAAUAUCAAGUAAUCCCUCAGCUUGAUGGAGUUGUCUGUGAAUGGUGCAAUUGCUUCUUUGAUGGGUAACCCGAAUUUGGCACACCUCAGGAUGGGAUCAUUGGUGUCUCUGAUAUUGAUGCAGUCCUCAUCUCAAAUUACCUAUAUAUGCUUGCCCUCCCAUUUGUGACAGAGAACCCAGGAUUCAGGAGUGCUGUGUAUGCUGUAGAACCUACUCUACAGAUGGGAAGGUUAUUCAUGGAGGAGAUCCAGGAGUAUCUUGAAGGCAGCAAUGACAAAGAUGGAUCAUGGAAGGAUUUUGUUCAUCUCCUCCCACUUCCAUUCAAUCAGAUGGGAUUCCAGCCCAUAAUGGCCCAUUGCCUGACACUGUGCGAGCGAUCUCAGCUGGCCUCCUGUUACAAAGUGCGGCAGUCCAUGGUACAGGUGCAGGGAUGGUGGCGGAAUGUUCACGGACCUCGUGCUUCAGUGGAUGCCAAGACCAUCAGGAACUGCCAUUCCAAGCUGAUGAAUACGGGAUCUGUGGUAGAUACUCGCAAAAGUGGUCGUCCCUCGACAUCCAGGCACUAUCGGCGGAAGACUGAUCGUCGGAUGGAGUAUGGGGAGAUCAUGCUUGCUUGGUUUGCAGACUGGCCCCAGUUGUUUAACAACAUUGUUUGGAGUGACGAAGCCGUGUUUCAUGUGGGGGGAUUUGUGAACCGCCACAGUUGUCACUACUGGGCACGAGAGGAUCCUGGGGCCACUGUUGAAAAGAUGCAAAAUCGCCCUAAGGUCACAGUGUGGUGCAGCUUGACAUCCAACCAGGUUGUGGACCCAUUCCUUAUUCGGGACACUGCAGACAAUUUCUACCAUUCUACGGUUGGGAAAGGGAAGCAUGGUUGGGAAGCUGGGGGAUUGGACCCUCAGUUGGCGAAAGACCUCAAGAUGUGUCAGGUGAAACUUGGCAUUCAAGUUGCCACCAUAUCAGCACUCCUUGAUGCUCUACCACAGAAGCUGGGUGAGGAUUUGAUGGGUUCCAUGGUGGCCGGGAUGAACAAGAAGCCAACGUUCUAUCCAUGGGGUCCCUUGGACAUCACAUCCCUUGAAAGCGAGGAUAUUGUGAUCCAGAUCGUGGAGAAGCGGAUGCACAUCUGCGAGGACGACGCUCGGCUCGACCUUCGAGCGAAGUUGAAGCGGAUCAUCACGAGCUCGCGCAACAAAAUCUGAUCUCUCGCGGACAAAAAAUUUCAUAUAUUUCCCAAACACAGAAAAUCGUGUUUCAUUCCAGGCACAGGGGGUGGAGCGGGGAAGGG